AUGCAGAGUGAUCUAUCUAUCUAUCUAUCUAUCUAUCUAUCUAUCUAUCUAUCUAUCUAUCUAUCUAUCAGAAUCUAUUCAUAUCAUAUCUGCAAUAACCACUUCCAAUAUCAGGAGAUUCACACUUCAUUCUCUAUCUCUCAAUCUAGGUAUCUCAGUUUAGUCAAAGCUUCUUUCUUUCUUUCUUUCUUUCUUUUCCAGUUUUUUAAUCUAUCUAUCUAUCUAUCUAUCUAUCUAUCUAUCUAUCUAUCUAUCUAUCUAUCACAUCUGGAUCAAUCUCUUCCAAUUCCAUUUACAUCACUCUUUUUCUUAUUCUCUUUUUCUCUCUUUCUCUUUUUCUCUCUUUCUCUCUUUCUCUUUUUAUCUCUUUCUGUCUGUCCGUCUGUCUAUCUAGAUAUCUAUCUAUUUAUCUAUCUAUUCACAUCUCUCUCUCUCACUCCUCAUCUGUUCGUAUCUUUCUAUAAAUCUCCUUUAGAAAGACUUUUUCUUUCUUUCUUUCUUUCUUUCUUUCUUUCUUUCUUUCUUUCUUAA